ACCCGGAAGUGGAGCCGCAGCUCAGCUCCAAGGGCUACCGAAUAACCCAUUACAAUAACGUGCAUUUAACCGACAUGUUAAGGAGAGCCGAGAAGUCUUGAAGACAAGUGGAAUAUUGUCCUCCUUUUUAUUCUCUCUCUCUCUCUCUCUCUCUCUCUCUCUCUCUCUCUCUCUCUCUCUCUCGGAUGGUGGAUUAAAAACAAAAUGAGUUGGCUGCUGUUUGGACUGCUCCUGGCUCUGACUGCAGAGAGUUCAGAGGGAAAUGCAGUAAGCGUGAUCACAGGACGUUACACCAAGGUGAUCAUAAGCAGACUGAAAGAGGGCCCUAACUGUUCAGUGUGUGUGGGUGAAGGCUCCUCCGAGGAUUGUAAUACACAAACCAUCACCAUCAAUGAGGCUCAAACCACUCGAGUGAACUUCACCUGCAGCAGACCUCAGGACAUCUUCACUAUUAAUAUUUCUAGAAACUUUGAUUGUUCAAAGAAGUGCAAUGAUCCCAUACAAGCAGACUGGCCCUUCUUCCAAGAUUUCAACAGAAUCUUUACAUGGGAAAUGAGAGUCUCGGCAAUCACCAAGUCAUAUCAGCUAGAGUUUCCAGCUCCAGGAAUGAGACAGAUCCAGUCAUUAGAACAAUGUCCUGACAAACACACUUACUCACUCUUGAUGUAUGUACGGGCAGGACCUGUAAACCUUGGCACGUUCUGUCAAAAUGGUGCAAUCUCUCGCAUCCAGGUUCCUUGGAGAGGGCGCAUAACUCUGGAGGUUCCCGGAGAAACAACCCUGAGCUCAUAUUCCUUCAAGUACACUGAGGCUAAUGGUUCACUGUUAACUGUAGAUGCCGUCCUACCUCGUGGCCAAACAGACACAGACUUCUUCAGUGCCAAUGGCAUCCCUAUUGACUAUAGAAUGAUGUGGAACUUUGUUUUACCACCCAAGCAUAACUUCACAGUCCGUUUCCUGAAAUACAACGAACCAGAAUGCCAAAGCAACGCAGUUAAAGUAAAGUACCAGCAGGCCGACACGGCUCCAGUUGAAAAAACACUGACGGAAGAGCAACCUGCUAAUUAUCAGGGAAACUUCAGCUUGCUUCUGACAAAUUGUAAUGUCAAGAGUGUUGGGGUUCCCAGUGUUCCUGGGCUCUUGCUCAACUUUAGGCUCUCUGUGUCUAGGAGUGGAGUUCCAGAUCUCUGCACAGUGGAUCUUCGGAGUGAUGAAGGGCUAAGUCUUCAAAUAGAGAAGAAGAAUCUGGACACGUUCUGUGAGAUGCAUAUGGAUAAAGUGCUGCAGGAGAAGAUCGUAGUUCCAGCAGGCUCCAAAGUCAAUCUGUCGUUCUUGGACUGCCCUAAGGACGAUCUUAUUCUCACAGCCACGAAGACCAUUGCGUGCCGGAGUUUGUCCUUGUGUCCAGUAGCUGGGACUCUCCUCACCAUCCCGAUUUUAAGCUCCUGCCUGCCCCCCUCCCUUAGCCAGGUCAUGUGGGUCUUGAAUGGUCCUGAGCAAGGCACUGUGGAGCUGAGAUCACCUCAGGGCAGCCUGUAUCAGUCAGUACCCGGAGUGCAGGAGUGUGAGGGCCUGCUGUCUACACUAGUCUCUGCAGACAAUGGCGUCAAUAUUGGCCGUUUCUGCUCUGCUAGCCAAGGCAUCAUUCAGAGAGUUCAGAUCUCCUCCAAUGUCACAGUUACUGCCACUGCAGAUGGGAAUAAGGACCUAAGACAAGAGAAGGCACCUGUCCUCAACGUGUCCUUUAGUUCAGAGAUCACAGAGACCUUGAUCUACACAGUCUCUCCACUAAUCUCAACCCCUGCACUCCUCGUGACGCCCAACUGGCCUGGGGCGAUGAAACCGGACUCCACCUUGUCAUGGAUCGUAAAUGUUCCAGAGGAGUACAGUGCUCAGUUGUGCUUCAUCAACAUCAGCUUGCCACGCUGCAGUGCGAAUCACGCUGAAGUUAGCAUUCAGGAGCUGGACUCGAAUGUGGAGCUGGGCUUCAGGGAGGACAAGCCACUGGUUCUUGAACACAACAUUAUGAGGAGUUUCUACCUCAACAUGUCCAACUGCGAACCUGAUGAAGGCAAAUUUGCCGUUCUCAGCAAGAUCUCCUUGCAGAAGAUACCCAGCAAACUGCUGGGCAUCGUUUUGGGUGUGGUUGGCACACUGUUGGCAGUCUUUAUCAUCGUUCUUAUUGUAGUUUGUGUGGUAGUAAGAAAAAAGAAGCGGCAAAUGAACAGCAGGUCCUCCAUUUACAUUCCCAAAGGGAACGCUUUUCUUCCUGGUGACGCGAGUUUCCCAAAAUCACGAGCCAACAACGAGUCCCACGUGUACACCUGCAUUGAUGAUACCAUGGUGUAUGGCCAUCUUCUGGAGCAGGACGGGAGUGGUCCUGGCCAUUUUAAUGGCCACCAAGUGGAUAGUUAUCACGUGUUCGCCGGCCCCAUGGACAAGAGGGUUAUGGAUACUGGAUACGAGCAGAAUGUGGAGCGAGAACCUGACAAGGAUAAGUAUCGUCCCUUCCUGGCUCCAUCCGAAACCUUUAUCCCUUCCAGGCCUCGGACUCCACUGGGUCCUUCAAACUCAAUGGACUAUCAGGACCCCAGGAUGGUGGAUAAUGUACUGUAUACAUUCAAAACCCUGGGCGACCCAACUCCAAUCCGCCUCUCUGCUGCAGAACCAGCGCUUUUGCCAGAGCCUGAGGCCGAGUCUUUCUCAGAGUCUGAGCUUGACCCAGAAUAUGAGGAGGCCAUGUAGUGCACAGUGGAAAAAUGAACCAUGUGACUCAAAGGUUGGAAGUUCUGCUCUAGGAUCUGGUAGUACAUUUAAUUUCUGCUGGGAAGCUAUGAACGAGGGCUCUCCAGCUGCUCAGGAGCUCGUGAAGGUUAUAAACGCAAGCAGCAUAUGCCUGCCUGUACUGAACUCCAACAGCGCCAUCAGUCAAGUGUGUGUGCGUGUGUAUACACGCGCACACAGUGUUCUCUAUGCCUAUUUUUAUAGACGUUUCACAGAGAAACUAAGCAGAACCGUCUGCUUCUGUAAAUCCUCAAUGUUUUUAUUUGUCUGUCUAUUUUUUUUCUUCUUCUUCCAAAUCCAGUCUACUGACAAAGUCUUAAGGACGCUUAACUUGCUUGUUCAUGAAUUCUGCUCUGGGAAUGAGGAACUUGAGCACUCUGUGAACGUUUUUAUUUUAUUUGGUGUCUGCUACUUCUGCUGAAAGACUUCACCUGAAGAAUAUCGAAUAAUGUGGAUUCAGGUGUACAAAUGUAGACGUAUUCUGAAAUAUUUUAAAAGUUGUAUACUUUCACAUUUUUUAAAUAAUAAAUUUUAAUCCUUAAAAACA